AUGAACUUCGCUGGAAAAGUAGUGAUUGUUACCGGCGCAAGCUCUGGGAUUGGCGCCGCAACCGCUGUAUUUUUGUCAAGGCUCGGCGCAAAGCUCUCGUUGACCGGUAGAAACGUCGAGAACCUCAAAAAGGUGAACACUGAUUGUGAGAAAUCUACAUCAACUUUAUUGGUGCCCGCGGAUUUAAAUAAAGAGAGCGAUAUUGAGAAAAUCGUGAAGAGUACCGUCGAUCACUAUGGACAAAUCGAUGUGUUGAUUAACAAUGCCGGUAUAAUUGAAACUGGCACGAUUGAAACUACUACUUUGGCGCAGUACGAUCGCCUUAUGAACACAAAUGUACGUUCAAUAUAUUAUCUCACCAUGUUGGCUGUACCACACCUUCUCAAAACUAAAGGGAACAUUGUCAAUGUCUCCAGCGUAAAUGGAAUAAGGUCGUUCCCGGGCGUUCUGGCAUAUAACAUAUCUAAAGCCUCCGUGGAUCAAUUCACGCGAUGCGUUGCGCUAGAAUUGGCACCUAAAGGUGUUCGGGUGAACUGUGUUAACCCGGGAGUUAUUUUAACAGAGUUGCAGAAGCGAGGUGGAUUGAAUGAAGAGCAGUACGCGGCGUUCCUCGAGCGCACUAAAGAAACGCACGCCUUAGGACGUCCCGGGAAGCCUGAAGAAGUUGCAGCUGCCAUUGCCUUUUUGGCAAGUGAAUUGGCAUCCAAUAUAACCGGUGCUAGCUUGCCAGUAGAUGGUGGCCGUCACGCUAUGUGUCCCCGU